AUGCGGAGACGGCUGGAUGAGGUGGGCAGUGGAGCAGAGGAGACAGGUGCGCAAACACAUGAAGUCCCUCCGGGCUGCAGCAACCUGUGGCGGCCGCAUGCUGCUGUGAUGGAGUUCGUCGAUGGCUUUAUCGCGACCCACCUCGUUGAUCCCUUUAUGGCCGUGCACCUCAGGAGAGGUGAUUUCUCCGGCCACCUAAAGAAGCAGAGCUACAAGCGGCAUGUGUUCCUGCCCAUAGCAGCAGUGGCGGCGUUCAUUCUCUCCCGCGCCGCUGCUGCCAACCUGCACACCGUGCUGCUCGCCUCGGAUGGCACUGAAGCUGAAGUGGCUGCUCUCUCGCAAAUACUCACAGCCAGCAACGCCACAAGGCUAGUCACGCUGCACGAGAGUCGCUUCACAUGGGCCGACACACACAACGAGCCCUGGGGGCGGGCGCUGUUAGCCCUGGAACAGAGCCUGCCCGAGGGGGGAGGCAAGGGGGUGGUGCGGGCACUGGCAGAGAAAUACAUAUGUGCGCGGGCCCACGUGUUCUAUGGCACUGUGUAUUCCACGUUCUCCACGGAUAUCAUCAGGAUAAGGGCAGCGGAAGGGGUGGCGAACUGCAUGGAUGGGAAGGUGGGGGAGGAGGGAUAG